UUUUCCCUUCACAAACCUUCUGCUAGUCUUCUGUGUUUUUGAGAAAUUAAGAGUUGAUUCAUCCAGUGAAACGUAGUAGUAUCUCAUCUCAAAGGCGUAACUUUUUAAUCUUACCUUCAAUGUAAAAGUUUUUCGUUCAUUUCCCAAAAAUGGCUGGAGUUUUUGACAUCGAUAUCAACGAUUUGGAUGGAAACAACGUGGAUCUAGACGGAGAGUCUGAUGACGACGUGAUUGAAGUUGAACAAGACCAGCUGGUUGACAAGGCACCAUUCCUGCUUCCGUCUUCCUAUAUGGACUCACCAGAUGUUGAAGCUGUUCAACUAUCUGAGACCACAGUAAAUCCGGGUGCAGAGAAAACAGGACCUCAGGACUUUGAAUUGAGACGGGUUCUGGGCAGGGGUGGUUAUGGCAAAGUCUUCCAAGUGAGAAAGCUGACAGGGAAGGAUUCAGGGCACAUUUUUGCCAUGAAGGUGUUGAAAAAAGCAACAAUCGUCAGAAAUCAGAAGGACACAGCUCACACCAAAGCAGAGAGAAACAUAUUGGAGGCGGUCAAGCACCCGUUCAUUGUUGACCUUAUUUAUGCCUUUCAAACUGGAGGAAAGCUUUAUCUUAUUUUGGAAUAUCUAAGUGGAGGAGAAUUGUUUAUGCAUCUUGAAAGAGAAGGAAUCUUUAUGGAGGAUACAGCAAGCUUCUACCUAGCAGAAAUCAUCCUUGCUCUGGAGCAUCUCCAUUGCCAAGGCAUCAUUUAUCGUGAUUUGAAACCCGAGAAUAUCUUGUUGGAUGCACACGGCCACGUUAAAUUGACCGAUUUUGGUUUAUGCAAAGAAUCUGUUGAAGAUGGUGGCGUAACGCACACAUUCUGCGGGACGAUCGAAUACAUGGCCCCGGAGAUUUUGACGAGAAGUGGUCAUGGAAAAGCCGUUGACUGGUGGUCCCUCGGUGCCCUUAUGUACGAUAUGCUGACAGGAGCGCCGCCAUUCACAGCUGAAAAUCGAAAGAAAACGAUCGAAAAGAUUUUGAAGGGGAAGCUUAACUUGCCACCUUAUUUAACGCCUGACGCCCGCGAUUUGAUCCGUAGGCUGUUGAAGAGAGGUGUUGUUUCGCGUCUGGGCAGUACAGUAGCGGACGGUGAGCCCGUACGAAUGCACCCAUUUUUCAAGACGAUUGACUGGAAUGAAGUGGCCUGUCGCAGACUGGAGCCGCCCUUUAAACCUUGCCUUGCUAGUGCCGACGACGUGUCCCAGUUUGAUACCCGUUUCACCAAGCAGACUCCCAUCGACUCGCCUGACGAUUCUACUCUUAGUGAGAGUGCCAAUAUGGUUUUCCAGGGAUUCACUUAUGUCGCACCGUCGGUUCUGGAAGAGAUGCAUCGACCACAAGUGAUCAAGGCCCGAUCCCCCCGCAAAGGAAUGUUCACACAGGGUCACAGUAUGACUACUCCGUUCGGCGGACAUCGCCAGCCGUUGGUGGAAACGACCCAGCCUUCCAAUGGAGUGGCGUGUUCCAGGACUACGGGAUUCUACUUGAAUCCCGUUCCCCAACAGCAGCAACCACCGCAGCAGCAACAACAGAUUCAUCAACAGCACCACCAGCUCCAACAACACCAUCAGCAACAAGCGCAGCAACAGUUUGAUGACGAAGAAAUGGUUUGGCAUGACGAAUCGCAGUCCAUUUCGUCGGCGGCCAUUCCCGGGGCCAGUCAGCACUUCUACCCCAGCAACUUUCCGCUACCGCCUCAUUUAUGAUGGGACGGGCCCCACACCCAGCGCGAUAGAUCAAUACUAGUUUCAAUGGUCUAUUAUUACAACUAUUACUACUUCUACUACUACACUACGCUAGAUAUAAUUUGGGUUGCAACCUCGGCUCAUUUCCCUCCCACUUCCUCUCCUCCCCCUCAGCCCAUGCAAAGCCAAAAUGCAAAAGAGAGAAAAAUUCAACGAGAUGUGAAAUUUGUAUAGUUCAUAAUAGCCAAUAAUCUGUCCCUCCUUUUCCCCUCUUCUCUUGGCUUUCCUUUCGGGUAGCUUUUUUGGUGAUCCCUAGAAGAGAAAAUCUACUACCCACGAAUAUUAAAAACUUCAUCCCUCUCUCCCUAGAAACGUGACUUAUUCAAUCUACAAAAUUCCCCUCAUUUUUUAAAAACUUUUGUGUUUAAUCUUGUUUUAGGUUUCCAAGUUUCCGUAAUAUUCCUCCUCUUACAUCUAUUUUUUCUUCUAAAUUUUUCAGUUGCUCAUAAUCCUACCGCUAUCCAGCCUAAUUCCCGUUUCCUCUUUAUUCAGUGCCUUAAUUAAAGCAAGAGAACUUUAAAGAAUUCUUCCUUUUAUAACACAACUUGCGAAAAACUGAUCGUCUUUUUGUUCGUCUCCAAAAAAAAAAACAAAAUUGUGAGCUUGAGAAUGAGUGAGUUAGGCCCAGAAAGGAUAAGAUUUCGUGAAGGUUGUCCCCCUCCAUUCUGUUAUGUUACUCAAAAAAUAAGAGAGAAAUCUACACUAGAAACAUAUUACUGUGGGAGCUAAAAGAAAAUGGAGACCGAUUGGAUGAUGUGACGUGUCGAAAUGAAUUUCGUCGCCGAUUCUUCCCAACUCCUCCACCCGUUCCAAUUUAAUUUAUCCAACCAUUUUUUCUUUUUGUUUUGUUUCUUAUGUGUUUGUGUGUCAUGUCGUCCCGAAUUUUUCCUUCCUCAUUUCUAAACUAAAAUCAAUUUUUUCCACUUUUUUCCUUGUCGAUGUUAGGACUCCAGAAAGCUCAAAAAUGACUUCCCACCCGAUUAUGGUAAACGAUUUGUGUUGGUACGAAAACACACACACACGAACAUAUCGACAAUUCAAUUAUUUGAAUGCGAUUCGCCCAAUUAUUAUUAUUAUUCUCUCACUAUAUUUUUUUUUUAUAAAUUAGAUCCGCAAAUUAAAGAGUCAAAUAGUCGAGCCGA